AUUUCCUCCUUCAGAUUCUUCAUUUCCUUUUUUUGCAUGCUUGCAUAUAUACAACACACUUUACAGUUUAUAGAUAAUAAUAAAUCAUCGAUCAAGAAUAUGGGUCGUGUUAAACUCGAGAUAAAGAGAAUAGAGAACCCCACAAAUCGACAAGUUACAUUCUCAAAACGUAGAAAUGGCCUCAUCAAGAAAGCAUAUGAGCUAUCAAUCCUAUGUGACAUUGAUAUUGCUGUUAUAAUGUUUUCUCCAUCAGGACGUCUGAACCACUUUUCCGGUAGGAGGAGGAUUGAGGAUGUUUUCACUCGUUACAUUAAUCUUCCUGAUCAAGAAAGAGAUAACGCUGUAAGUUUUCCUGAGCUACCCUAUCGCAGGAGUAUUCAGAAUAAGGAGUAUCUACUUAGGACCCUUCAGCAACUGAGGAGUGAAAAUGACAUAGCUCUUCAAUUGGCUAAUCCGGGAGACAUUAACUCUGAGAUUGAGGAACUCCAACAAGAAGUUAAUAGGUUACAACAGCAACUUCAAAUGGCCGAGGAGCAAAUAAGGUUAUAUGAACCCGACCCAUUAAAGAUGUCAUCUAUGGCGGAUCUUGAAAACAGUGAAAAACACCUUGUAGAUGUCUUGACACGUGUCAUACAAAGAAAGGAAUACUUGUUGAGCAACCAUCUAUCUUCGUAUGAUCCAUCUGGUAUUCAGGGGAUACCGACCUCUUUCGAGAAUGUAGGGUGGUUGCAGGAUGGGAGUCAGAACCAAGCCCAGAUUUUUGAUGCAUCUGCUCCUUUAGAUCCUUUGAGGGACUUGUCUUCCACCAUGUAUGGUUCAUUUUCCCAAGGGCGAAGUUCAAAUGCUGAUCCACGAGGCAUGGGGGAGUGCCACGUGUCAAAUCCAAGUGAUGGGAACCUUCAAGCAUGGCCUCAAGGGUACACAUUGUAUCCUCAUCAUAUUCAGCAUGACAUGGUGGGACCCGACAUGCCAGAUAUGAUGCCACAUGCGCAAGUGAACCUCCCAAUCACUGCCUUGGAACCACCUAAGAAUAAUGAACCUGUAGAAUAUGACCAGUCCAAACAACCUCAUCAUCAUUGACUUAAUGCUCAAUGACACAUACCAUAAUGGCCCAUGCUAUCACUAUUGAGAUGCCUAGUCUCAUUCUUACUCAUUUUUUUAGUUAUAAAAGUGAAGCAUGCCAGAUGCCCUAUUAACGGUAUGUGUAAGAUUACGUACAUGAUGAUCAUGUGCAUAGAAA